AUGAAGCGCGGUAGCUGCUGUUGUCAUUUCUCACUACUUGUGCUGCUGGUUGCAGUUGCCGCCUCUUCAGGGGCAAUCGUCGUCAACAACCACAACAACAACUUCAACAACACACACAAUUCGUCGCUUGUAAUGACACGAGAUGGCCAGGAUGCUUUCAAAAAAAUCGUGAACCGCUGCGUGCAAGAAUACUCGCUGACGUGCUUCAAGCUUGACGUGAUGGCGGUGGUGGACCGACUCGACGCCAAAGCUGAGUUGCCAAUCACAGCGAGCGUGGCGCUCGUCAAGAUGCCUUCGCGCGCCCGCGACUCGAUCCUACCGCGCCAGCUCGUCAUGGACCUCGCCAGCGACAACUCCUCCUCAACCUCCACCUCCACCCUCGACCUCAUCCUCGUGCGCAAGAUCGGCACUUUCCUGCGCUCCAUCAGCAUACGGCUGCCCGUCUUCAGCGACUAUGUGCUCGAGAAACUUAACGAUCUCCUCUCAGCCUUUGAUUUUGGAACUGGCACUGAUGUUACUUCGGGUCGCCGGAAGAUCAAGACGCGCUGGCUGCGUUGGGCGGUGAGCGUGCUGUACGCUCUGCUGUUCGGCCUGCUGGCGGGCAUGGUGAGCAAGUCACUGUCACUGUCGCUGCUCGCGCUGUUCAUGGCGAUCGCGUCGCGCGGCUUCGGCAACUUCGGCCUGUUCGGCAGUCCGGCCAACGCCGCCAUGAAGAGCAACAACUACGAGAUCAUCGCGCAGCCGUUGCCCGCCGCUGCCAUUCAUGCCUACGGUCCCGCCACACACUCAUCUGAGGUAAAAUACGAGGAUGAACUGGUAGCAGGAGGUAACCAUCCAAUGACAUACGUCUACCCGAGGAACACACCAGAGCGUCUGGAGAAGGUGUUGGCAUUCCAUCACCUGGCCAACAUCCACAAGAAGUACUAUCCUUUGGAUCCAGAUGCCAUCGCAUACAAGGGCUACAUCAAGGAAACCACCACUGGCAAAUAGCAUGUCAAACUACACCUUCAGUCUUCAAUAUUCGUCGUAAUCUUGUAUGAUCUAUUCCAGUGGUUCUCAACCUUAUUCAAGCACUAUAGAGUGUAGGCUACUCAUUAGUGGAAAGCUCUAUUUCGCGUACCCCCUUGUUUUACUGUUUGGCAAAGAAUUUCACAGUGUCAAAUUGGAAUAAUACGUAAAGAAGUAUUUUAAAUCAAAGGCUAUCCCCAGAAAGCUAUUUCAUAAUUGCAUUUGUUUUUGUUUUCAAUAUGUAUAAAUAUAGAAUUAAACAUGCGUGCUUAUUUCAAUACAAUCUAAUCAUGAUCUAUGAAAAUUGAUAAUUGCAGUUUUGACCAACUCUUAAAAUAAGAAUUGGUUAUAAUAUCUUUUGACCAAUUCUUGGUCACUAUAAAUUUUUCUACAAGAGUAAAUUAUUUCAUAGAUGUU